AUGCCCCUCCCCAAGACGCUUAGCGUCAAGUCCACGGGACAAUCUGUGCGCGAGUCGGGUACUCAGGGUGAAUAUGGCAUCCAGAUACAAUACCGUACCCUUUCCCUCCGCGUGGAUGCCACUUUGGAUGAGAAGGCGCCGCCUCGGCAGACCAAGGACACGCAGGACCCUGCAGAAGGCAUCCGCAGCAUUGACGUCCAUACUUUGACGUCGCAUGAAGUCUUCACUCGCUAUUCAACAUCGCCUACCGUUGGGCUCGAGAGCAUUGCUGUACAGCGCAGGAGCAAGACGGGCGGCAAGAACAUCAUCUCACCUCCGAAGACACAGUACUGGAAAAAAGCUCUCAACUAUGUUUUUGGUGGUUUCAACUUCCUGAUGUGGAUUGCCUUCAUUGUGACGAUCCUCUCAUACCAACCUCUGGGUGGCUCUGACCCCGCCGCCUUCAACCUCGGAGUAGCUGUCCUUCUACUCUUGGUCAUAGUCAUCUCGGCGACCUUCUACGCUCUCGUCGACUGGCAUGCAUCCCGAAUCAUGAGCUCUAUCAAGACCCUCAUCGCAGAGGAGGCGACGGUUAUUCGCGACGGCAAACAACAAACCAUCCCAUCUCGAGACCUCGUCGUUGGCGACUUGGUUGUUCUGUCUAUGGGUGAUCGUGUCCCAGCGGAUAUCCGUCUCGUUGAGGCCUCAAGCGACUUGCGGUUUGAUCGUUCUCUCCUUACUGGAGAAAGCGACAUGAUCCCAGGUACACUCGAAAUGACGUCGGACAACGCGUUGGAGACGCGUAAUUUGGCACUCGCGUCCACCUUCGUUGUACAAGGAAGCUGCACCGGUGUUGUCUUCGCAAUCGGCGACAGGUCCGUCAUGGGCCGCAUUGUCGCCAUGUCUGGCGAGACCAAGUUCAAGCUUACGUCGGUACAGAAGGAGGUCUGGUUCUUCACCAAGAUCGUCUCUGCUUUGGCGCUUGGGUUCUUCUGUGUCGCUAUCAUCGUGUGGGCGGCAUGGCUCAGGAAGGAUUACCCUAGCUACGAGACAGCGAGUGAAGCUAUCAUCAAUUCCAUCGGCUGUUUGACUGCGUUUGUUCCCCAGGGUCUACCGGUUUGUGUCGCUCUUUCGCUUACGAUUGUCGCGAAGCGCAUGGCGAAACGUAGCAUCCUUGUCAAGAAUCUUGCAACAAUCGAGACGCUCGGCUGCAUGUCAGUGCUCUGCUCUGACAAGACGGGAACUCUUACUAUGGGGAAAAUGACUCUGCAAACCGUCGCUUUCCUGAACGGCCAAUACACCCUCGAGCUCAUCAACGAGAAGUUCACUCAAGAGGAUUCCGAAGUGCCGGUAAGCUUCAGGGCCUUGCAGACGGUUGCGCGCCUCUGCAACGGUGCGAAAUUCGAUGCAUCGACAGAAAAUGCCCCAAUCGAGGACCGCGUUAUCAAGGGUGAUCCCACGGACACCGCCGUGCUCCGUUUCUCCGAGGCUCUUCGUAUCCCCUCUCUCGGUCUUGAUGCUCCGACCCUCCUCGCCUCCCACGAGAAGCUCUUCGAGAUCCCAUUUAAUUCCCGCAACAAAUGGAUGCUUACCGUCGUGCGCGAGCUCCGCUCGUCCGAUACCGACUCUGAGAAGGGCGGGGACGACAAGAGCGAUCUCUGGAUGCUCGUCAAGGGUGCACCGGACAAGCUCUUCCCCGCCUGCACAGACGUCAUGCAGGAGGACGGCACCACUCGUCCCUUCGACUCGGUUGCCCGCCAGCAGAUGAAGGGCGCCCAGGAGGCACUGAGUGACCAGGGCCAGCGUGUGCUCGCUUUGUGCCGCCGCUCGCUGGAAGCAGUCAAGCUCGACUUUGCAACAAUGUCCGCCAACCAGAUCGAGGAGUUGAUGUACGAGGAGUUCCAAGGUCUCACGAUGGUCGGCCUCGUUGGUAUCCGUGACCCCCCUCGUCCAGACGUUCCAGGCGCUGUCGCCACAAUUCGUCGGGCCGGAGUGCGGGUAUUCAUGGUCACAGGUGAUUUCAAGCUGACGGCACUUGCUAUUGCGAAGCAGGUCGGCAUCGUCACUCAAAACAGAGUAGAUACCAUCGUAGAACUGCGCUCUGAGAAGCAGCCGAGGUUCAUCGGUCUGCCGCCAUCUGCGAUGAAGCCCCUCGAAGAUGACCCUGUCCGCGCGCUCGUGCUUACCGGCGAUGAUGUGGAGACCCUCCAACCUGAAGAUUGGGACAUCGUGAUUGGAAACUACACCGAGAUUGUUUUCGCUCGCACGACUCCUGAGCAGAAGCUCAAGAUCGUCGAGGAGACCAAGGCUCGUGGAGACAACACCGUCGCGGUCACUGGUGAUGGUGUGAACGACGCGCCUGCGCUAAAAGCGAGCGACAUUGGUGUAGCUAUGGGUGCUGGAAGUGACGUUGCAAAGGAAGCGGCUGCUAUGGUCCUGUUGAACAACGACUUUGCUUCCAUCCCAAUUGCGAUAGAAAUGGGCCGUCUCAUUUUUGACAACUUGAAGAAAGUCAUCAUAUAUCUCAUGCCUGCUGGCACAUACACGGAAUUCAUCACGGUGUUCUGCAACGUCUUCUUGGGUAUGCAGAUUGCCCUUAGCUCGUACCUGCAAGUCUGCUUCUCCAUUCUUAACGAUGUCGUCAUGUCGAUCUCCCUGAUGUAUGAGAAGCCCGAGUCAGAUCUGAUGUUGCGCAAGCCGCGGAAUGCUCGCACUGAUCGUCUUACAGAUUGGCGGUUCUUCAUUCAGAUCUACCUUUUCAUUGGCCUGAUGAUGUGGCCGUCCGCGAUGGGCAUGUGGUUCCUGUACAUGCACAAACAAGGCCUCGGCUUCUACGAUGUGUUCUACGUCUUCGACAAGUGGACUCAAGGUUGGCAUGGAUACAGCAACGACCAGCUUCUUCACUUUGUCUCAGUCGGGCAGUGCAUUUACUACGUUACCAUGGUGUUCAUGCAAUACGGUGGUCUCCUGUCUGUUCGUAACCGUCGUGUUUCCAUUCUGAACUCGAACCCACUCUGGGGCCCGCGCCGCAACCUCGCUGUCCCGUGCGGCAUGAUCGCCACCGCGCUCAUUGCGGUUGUCAACCUCUACGGACGUGGUUUGCAAGACGUCUUCAACACCGCUCCCAUCCCCGGCAUGUUCUGGGGGAUUCCGUUCACCUUUGCCCUAGGCAUCCUCACUAUGGACGAACUCAGGAAGCUCAUCGUGCGGACAUAUCCGAAAUCUAUCAUCGCCAAGAUGGCAUGGUAA